AUGCAGCUUAUGGUCGACGCGGGGUUCAACCCCGAUUGGGAUUUACGAGGCGCGAUGUUCCUCUCCCUGCAGAUGGUAAUGACGGGUUCUUUUUCUUCCCGAACGGCUUUCACAAAAGCCACAUUACUCCCAAUGCCAUUCAAUUGGGGCGACAGAAUUCCAGGGGAGCCAAUGGCAUUAUCUACCUCCUAUGCUACCAAGGCCGUCGUCUUUGCAACUAUAGGUAUCCAAUUAUCAUAUGGAGAACGGGAAUCGACCAUCUUCACGACAUAA